AAGCGGAAGCGACGGCGCCCACGUGGUGUGGCGAGGCGGGCUCUUCCUGCGGGGCAGCGGUGGGCCGGACGCCUGGGUCCCUGGCACGCCUGGCGCCUCCUCCUCUCCGCGCCCCUGCGGACUCGGCGCUGGCGCGGCUUCGGCAGCCAUGUCUGCCUCACCAGACCUGAAGUCCAAGGAGGAGAAGGACGCGGAGCUGGACAAACGCAUCGAGGCGCUGCGGCGCAAGAACCAGGCCUUGCUCCUGCGCUACCAGGAGAUCGAAGAGGACCGCAAGAAGGCCGAGCAGGAGGGCGUGGCCGUGACGGGGGGCCGGCCGGAGCGGAGGCCGGCGGAGACGGCUGGCCCCACCCUGACCGUGCAGGUCUUGCUGUCCCCCGAGGAGAAGCGCCUGGUGAGCACCGAGCGGAAGCCCCCCACCGCCUCCCGGGCCUCCCGCGGCAGCCCCAAGGUCCGUGGCUCUGCCAGAGGGGCCCCUGGGCCAGGCAGUGUCUCCCCACGAGCCGAAGGCCCCCCGGAGCAGCCUGGCUGGGUCGGACCUGACAGAGAUGGCCUGGGGGCCAGCAAGCAGGGCCGAGGAGGCCGGAGGCCACGGGGCCGCAGGGGCCUCACCGCAGACUCUGGGCCUGACAGGAGAUCCAAGGAGUGGGAAGAGCGCCGCCGGCAGAACAUCGAGAAGAUGAAUGAGGAGAUGGAAAAGAUUGCCGAGUACGAGCGGAGCCAGCGGGAUGGAUUACAGGAGAAGAAUCCGGUGCGCAACUUCUUGGAUGACCCACGGCGUAGUGGCCCCCCCUUUGCGGAGUCAGACCGGCGGGAGGGCAGCCGGCGCCACAUCCGCAACUGGGGGGGAGCGGACUUCGACAAGGUCAAGACUGGAAUGGAGCAGGGCAAGGCGUGGCCCUCUGCGGGUCGUGGUGGUGUCCGGAGUAAGGAGGGCACCAUGGAUAUGACACUCUCCAUGACGGGCCGAGAGCGGGCAGAAUAUAUUCGCUGGAAGCAAGAGCGGGAAGAGAUUGACCGGGAGCGACUAGCACGGCACCGGCAGGCUACGGGCGAGUGGCGCCGAGAAUGGGAUGCGGAGAAGCUGGACACGAUGUUUAAGGAGGGGGCCAAGCUUGGAGUGUCUGCGGGCAGCAAGCAGGAUCAGUCCAAGCGGCCCCCCAAGAGGCCCACCUUUGGGGAGUUCCUGUCUGAACACCGGCCAGAACGGCGCAGAAAGGGCAGAGGCCGUGGGCAUGCACGGGGCAUCCCCUCCAAGCCAUACAGCAUGCAUGAUAAUCGCUGGGAGGAGGAGGAGGAGGAGCAGGAUCCAGCCCCAGGAGAGGCCAAGGCUGACACAGCCACAGGGCAGCAGGAGGACCUGCCUGCAUUGCCCCCUGUGGCACCAGAGGAGGACGAAGACCAAUGGGAGGAUGUUAGUGAAGGGGAGGAGGAGGAGGAAGGCAGCGGCAGCCAGGGAGCUUCUUCAGUGGUGGAGGAAGAGGCCACCCGCUCUUGCUCCCCCCAGGAGCCUCUUGCCCAGCAGCCAGCCCAAGAGGAGCCCCUGUGGCUUGCUAUGCCUCCCCCAGAGCUGGAGGCCUCGAGUGCGGAGGGGAAGCCCUUGACCCCCUUCUCCCCGGCAGAGGGGUACUGCCCUGUUUCUGACUGGGGGGAAGCAAUGGAGCUGAGCUCUCCCCGGGCUGACUCCACCAAGAGCCCCCCCGUGGCCCCCCUGGCUGGAGCCCCAAGAGGAGAGAGGGAGGAGGAGGGGCUGUCUGUGCCCGAGCCCAAGGGGGCUGCUACCCCUGAGCCUGCACAGCAAGGAGCUGCUGCUGAAUCAGCCUGGUGCCCGGCACCUAGCAGCACAGGGGGGGGUGACCCCAGACUUCCAGCAGGUGUGUUUCUGUAAGCCCUUGUGCCCCUACACAGGGGGUCUUGCUCUGUGCUCCAUGCAGGACUUUCGGCCUCUCUUCCCCCAUCUUCCCUGGGCCAUCUUGCUAGCCUCUCCCCCCCCCCAUUUCCUUGGUCUUUCUUCCCGCCCGGCUCUUAUUUCAUCUCCCCCGUCUCAUGCUGCUUCCCCUGCCACUUGUGGGGAGAAGAGCACGUUGUGCCCCUAGAGGGGCUCUUCAGAAGGAUGCCCAAGAGGAGCGUGCUCAGAGUUCAGGUCUGCAGAAGCAAGAGGAGGUGGGCCCAAUUAUCUCAUGCGAACCCAGUUGUGGGGCUCUGCCCUGAAUUCGGCUCUGGGUCAGCAAAAGCCCCCUUCUCUGAGCACCACAGCGGAGUCCCCUGCUGGUGCCCCGAAAGAGGCCCAUCUCUUCCCACACAAUGAAACAUCAUUGGUCAGAUGUCAGAUACUUGGUCACUAGCAUGACUUUUUAUUAGGCAAGCAUAAAAUAAAGCAUCACCCUGACCCGGACAGCCCAGGCAAGCCCCAUCUUGUCAGAUCUCAGAAGCCAAGCAGGGUCAGCCUGGGUUAGCAAUGGAUGGGAGACCUCCAACGAAGACCAGGGCUGCGGAGGCAGGCAAUGGCAAACCACCUCUCUUAUGUCUCUUGCCUUGAAAACCCCACCAGGGGUCGCCAUAAGUCAGCUAUGACUUGAGGGCACUCUCCACCAAAAUAAAGCAUAACUUUUUAUCAGGCAAGACCUUGAUAAAUAUAAACUGGUGCAAAUUAAUCCUACAAGUCCAGGAAGAUUGUGUACAAUAAAAAUCACCUGAUGAA